ACGAGCCGAACUGGGCGUCAGGUCGGGGAGCGGGUCGGGUUCCCGCUCGCCGCCGCCGCCGCCCCCCGCAGAGACUCUCCCGCCUCUCCCACCGCGCCGGCCGGAGGAGCUGCAUCGCCAACUCUGCUCGGCCGUGGAACCGCCGGCCCGGGAGCACUGAGCCCGGGACGCAACGCGCCGAGCCCCCUCAUCACCUCCAGCCGGGGCGACCCCUCCCGGGUCCGCCCUCGCUCUGCGCGGCCGCCGGAGCCCCCAGCCCUGAGCGGCUCGGUGGCCCGGCGCCCGCAUCCCGGGCCCCUGCACUCCCGUAGCCGCCGCCCCCCACCCUGAACAUGGACUCCGACUCUUGCGCCGCCGCCUUCCACCCGGAGGAGUGCUCCCCCAGUUACAAGAGGCGCAGGACUGUGGAGGAUUUCAACAAAUUCUGCACCUUUGUCUUGGCCUAUGCCGGCUACAUUCCUUAUCCAAAGGAGGAGCUCCCUCUGAGGAGCAGCCCCAGCCCUGCCAACAGCACAGCUGGCACCAUUGACAGCGAUGGCUGGGACACGGGCUUCACUGACAUCGCGUCGGCCGUGCCCCUGCCGGUCUCCGACCGCUGCUUUGGCCACCUGCAGCCCACCCUCCUGCAGCGAGCCAAGCCCAGUAACUUCCUGCUGGACAGAAAGAAGACAGACAAGCUGAAGAAGAAGAAGAAGAGGAAGCGAAGGGACAGCGACGUGCCCGUGAAGGAGGGGUACAUGGGGAGCCUGUUGAAGCUGGAAGCCGCUGACCCCUACGUGGAGACCCCCACGAGUCCCACCCUGCAGGAUAUCCCCCAGGCUCCCGGCGACCCCUGCUCGGGCUGGGACUCCGAUACUCCUUCCAGUGGAUCUUGUGUCACGGUGUCACCUGAUCAGGUCAAAGAAAUAAAAACUGAAGGCAAACGGACUAUUGUCCGGCAGGGAAAGCAGGUGGUGUUCCGGGACGAGGACAGCACUGGCAAUGAUGAGGACAUAAUGGUGGACUCGGAUGACGACUCCUGGGACCUCGUCACCUGCUUCUGCAUGAAGCCGUUUGCUGGCCGCCCUAUGAUAGAGUGCAACGAGUGCCAUACCUGGAUUCACCUGUCCUGUGCGAAAAUACGGAAGUCCAAUGUUCCGGAAGUGUUUGUCUGCCAAAAGUGCCGGGACUCCAAGUUUGACAUCCGCCGCUCCAACCGUUCCCGAAUGGGCUCGCGGAAACUGUUUCUGGACUGACUGUUGGUGAGCGAGGAGAGCAUGGGCGAGGAAUCAGAAGGGACGAGGGGCCUUUUGGCUCCUCUUAGUUGAGCACAGAACUCUCAGCUCUGGUGCGGGCAGACCCCUGCCAUUCAGGUGCCUAAGCAAAAGGGCGGGCUGUCCGGGGUAGGACCUGUAUCUGCCAGUGACUGAAUAAAAUCCUUGUUGGCCAAAGCUGCUGCUAGAGCUGUGUUCUCUGCAGUGGAGGGGGGCUCACCACCCAAGUACAGUGGGUUCGGUUCAGCUGAAAGUGAGGGUAUGUGGUAGUUAAUGAAUUCUUGCUAUCAUUGUUAACAAACUCCGCCGGCUGGAACCAGCGCUAGCUAUUUUCCUGCUUCCGCUGUCUUGGGAGAGGAGAUGUUCAGUUUCCCAGGCCUGUUAAUGAACAGCCAUACGUGUAAGCUUUUUCCCAAGUGUAAGUCUUUGACCGUAAGUGUCUGUACAGCAACCAUCGAGCUGCCCCUACCUUCGUGGCCUGCCCUCUCCCUGCCUUAGCUGCUGUCUGUUUGUCCCUGCAGGCUGCCAGCUAGAGUCCUCUGGUCUCGCUCUGAACGGAGCCCUGCGGCGGUGGCUAGCUAGUGAUCCCUCGGUUUCCUUCUGUUUGUUUAAAAGGGACAGUGUGUGGCCACUUCUUGGCGGAAAAGGGGUUGGUUGGGGGGGUUGAGGUGGCCCGUGUUCAUAACUCAGUUUCCUGUUUUGCACGAUGUAAAAAACCUGUCUUUUUUGCACGAUAUAGCCAAAAGUAUUGGCAGAUUUCUGCCGGGGUGCCCUUUCCAGUUGGUGUAUGAGGUCUUAGGGGUGCCCAGGCGAGCUGUUUUCAAGCGAGAGGGCACUUGGAUUCUGUCCUCCUCUCUUUCCCUCACCUUGUUCCAGUAGCAACGUAAAGGUUAGGCAGUCACGGGAACGGCGUUCCUCUACUUCAUGAGGUAGAGAAAACUCGAAGGGAAGGCCUCUCCUGUGGUUGAUUCUUAGGAUGCCCUCAGACAGGCUGGCCUGCUGGUUUCCCGGGGCAAGGUUAGGAUUUGAAGCCUUUUUUGUUUUUUUUGUUUUUUUGUUUUGUUUUGAAAUUGGCGAGUGAGCGGUAUGAUAACAUUGGCCUCCAGGAAUAUACCACUGUUCUGUGCAGACUUCCUUCGAUCUGAACUGGGACCCUGGACCGGGGAGCCUCCGGCCUGGAGAAGCCCAGGAGUUUGUGCCUGUAGCUUGCACAGGGCUCUGUCCGAGGGCCGUGUACCCUGGGCUGCCGCCGGUGGCUCUGGGGCCUGCAGGGACAGGAAGGCUCCCACUUUCUCCAGAGUUGACAGUGCUCUUUAGCAGUUCAAAUACUUUUCUCAAAAACUUUUUUUUUUUGGUAAGUAGAUGGGUGUGUUUUCAUACACAUUGUGUCUCGUGAAGCAUGAAAAGGGAAGAAUGCCCAAGUUGGUCCUAUUUAUUUACAGCAGGGUGGACCCCCGGUCUCUCUGCUGGGGUCUUCAUGUGGCACCUUCGUGCUGGGCUCCCCGGGGCACUCUUCACAUUCUCUCCCCGAGGCACAAAGGGGGCUUGAACUCGAAUUGGCUGAUUGGAGCCCAUGUUCUGCGCUAGUAUCGUUCGUGCUUCACCAGCCAGCUGCUUUUUGUUGUGUUUUGUUUUUAAUUCUGUUGGUUAUAUUAACACAGAAAUAGAGAGAAAUAGUUUCUGAAACCCAGUUUAUCGUGAAGAUCCCCAAGGGAGAAGUUAUGCUGUAGAGAAAAAUAGUAAGAAGCGGGCUUAGAAACCACCUUCUCCUCAGACAGCUGUCUGGCUCUGAUGAGGGCAAACGUCCAGGAAAAGUUGGAGAGGAAUUUGCCAAAGAUCUGCCCCAUGACAUUGCCUGUCCAGUGUCUUCACCAUGAGAAUAGCCAAAGUUCCAAAGUGUUUUUCUUUUUUAAAAAAACUCCACGAAGUUUUAAAAGUGCAUUUAAGAAUAUGUGUGAUUUUAGAGCGGAACUGCCAGGCCUGGCGAUUGCUGUAUUGCUUUUAGAAGGUUGGAUGCCUGGUGACACCUCUGGAAGGUACUCAAUAGUCAUUUCGAUCUGUUUCCUUCAUUUCCUUUUUGUUCUUUUAACAGAUCUCUAUCCCUGUGGGUGGUGUCCUAGGAAGUCAGGACACCUUGGUUUUUGUGUUAGCUUGAGCUGGGCAGCUGCAAUCAGCUUUAUGCAAAUUAGGCAUGGCCCAUCUAGGGGCUCCUGGUUGGUGGCUAAUAAAGUGAGGGGAGGGAAAGAUGUCACCCCAAGAGUAAGCCUCUCCCAUUGGCAUUGGCCAGGCCAGACACUUAACAUCGUUUACAUGGUUCUGUGUGAUUAUAAAGUUUAUGUGUAUAAAGCGAAGCUGUUUCUGUGAAACUGUAUAUUUUGUAAAUAAAUAUAUUGCUACUUUGAGGUUCA